CAUUUUGACAUAAAAUCUUGCCAUGUUUCCCAAUAAUCAAACCUUGACCUUAUUUCACAGAAUGUAGUUAAGUAACUAACAGUGUGAUUGUUUUAUAAAAAAAAAGGUCUCACAACCUCCCUUACAGCAUGACAUAGUAUUUUGCACACCUCCCCAAAGUUAAAGUUUCGGGCAGUGUGAAAAAGACAUUUCCCAGUUUUUGACACAAGAUCACACGUCAACUGUAUUCAUGACAGUGUUCAUGGUUUUGGGUGUUCGAACGGCAUGUUACCCCAAGAAGGAAACGACAUGACUGUCGAGAACCUGAUGGACUUCCUGACCUGCGGGAAAUGUGGCAAGGAAUAUCCCCUCCACAACAUUACAAACUUCAUACAACACAAACGACUUGACUGUCUUGACUCUGGCCCUCUCCAGGAAACACAAGAUCAAGGUGCUAGAACCACCAGCCACCAUUCCUCACCCAACCAGCAGCAGGAGUUUGGGUCAUGGGAGAUCACGCAAACUGGUCCAAAGGAGACAGUGUUGUCGUGCUACUCCUGCUCCCAGGAGUUCAAGACAGCCUGGGGUCUGCUCAACCACGUACAGCUCUCCCACAAUCUCAACAUCUUCAUCAAACGGGGGAUGCUCGUGGGACAACAGCCACAUCAACGGGACACAGACAUGAAGGAUGCAGCAAUGGAGGAUGACCUGUCCGAAGAUGAGGACAAAGAAAACAUGAAGGAGGAGAGGACGAUGGUGGAGAUUAACCAAGGGACAGGGACGGUGACGACAAACAUGUCGCUGAACUGUACCAAGCUGGCGGCCGCAGGGGGCACCACCAUCUGUUGUAACAGCAAGGAAUGCUGCGUGACAAUCAUACCCGGCACACAUGAGCGACCCAAAAAAUGCUGCAGUGCUGUUGUCCCGAAGAAACGGAAGCGUCACAUGGAAGAGCAUAUGAGCGGUGAAGGUGACAGAGAGCUGACAGAAGAACAGGACAUGAUGGAUGAACACGAGGACCCCGAAAAGGACUGUGAUGAAGAGAAUGAGUCUGACAAUGGUGAUGAUGGGGACGAGGGAGACGACAAUGGGAGUCGAGAUGCUAUAUACAUUGACUUUCGACCCCGGGACAACGGGACUGGGAAGCCAUCAGAUGAGGACAGAGAUGAGGAGGUUGACAGUGAUCAGUCAUGGGGGACUGUGGAGGUUCGGCAGGGCAGGGCUCAGGAGGACAGUGGCGGUACCACUCAGUGUUCCUCAGAGAGCAGUGAUACUCACUCGGAUCGACCAAUUUUUAUGCAGCGAGGGAUGACCUUCUCCAUCCCGGUGUCCUACUCUCCUUCCUCCAACCCAAACAGCAGACCUACUGCAGCUGGAACAUCCAAUACUAUAAGGUCCAAUCCCUUGGUGGCAUACAGCCUCCCCAAGCAGACAACGCUCUCGGUCGGAACGUCUGGGGUUAUGACCAUUAGCUCCAACACUGCGCCCUUCGUCAUGGGGCCCCACAACCUUGCCCAGGUCCUCCGUCUCCAGACUCGUGACAAUGGAGAUGCUGGUUGUUCCCAAGAAGAACCUGCCGAGGAUGACGAGGAAUCUCGGUUGAUGAUUGAUAUUGACAGCGGGCAGGAGGACGAGGGGAUGGACAAUGAUAAUGAUGGCUCACCAGAAAAGGGUGGCGGCAAGAAACGGCGGUACCCAACAUCUCGGCCAUUCAAAUGUGACCAGUGUGACCAUGCUUUCAAUCAGAGGAUUCAUUUGAAGAAGCAUAUGAGUAAACAUACAGGUGUAAAACCGUACAAGUGUCAGCAGUGUGACUACUCCACCGUGGAGCGCAGCCAUCUCAUCUCAAGGUCCAUAUCAGGAUCCAUACUGGUGAGAAGCCCUUCAAGUGUACAUUCUGUGAGUAUGCCACAGCCCAGAACAGCACACUUAAGAUUCACCUCAAGAGACAUCAUGGUGGGAAAAUGUUUGAGUGUCAAGCUUGUGGAAAGAAAUUUACGCAGAGAAAUCUGCUUCAAAGUCAUCAAGAGGAGCAUCGUAAAACACCUGGUGUCUGUGAACCAUUGAGACAGGCUCUUACUGGCAGUACAGGUCAGCUUCCACUUCAAGUUCAGGUGGCCAAUCAGAUGAUAGUAUCCACAAGUGCUGUACCUAGUUCACGAACCUCCACACAAACAGUUGAGACAGGUGAUGCUGAUCAGAGGGAUACAGAUGAACAGACAGGACAGAGUGAAGCAGAUCUGUGACAGAGUUCAACCAUAUCGCUCACACAUAGUGGAAAUGUGUCUCAAAUACACUGACAAUCUUGCCAUGAAGCAGAAUUACCUCUCCAUCAGUGUAUUUUACAAGCAGUAGAGUAGCAGAACACUGCUGACAAUAUAAUUUCACUCUAAGUGAUUCAUGUAAUCUAGCACAACAAAGACUCAAGCCUUACGACUGUAACACAACAAAACCACAUGGCUAUGACACAACGACACAGCUGAUAAUGAGUAAAACAUCGAUAAGUGUCCAAAUUAAUGCAGUGACUAUGCUCAAGAAUGACGCAAGCAACAUAACUAUAACACAACACGAACAACAGAACUAUCACACGAACAACAGAACUAUAACACAACACAAGCCACAUAGCCAUAAUGCAGCAAAGAGACAACUCACUAAGAAUAAUUGUGAUAACUGAAGUGUUCAAAUCAAUACAUCAAUGACAUGACUGCCCAAACACAACAUUGCCACAAGUUACCCAACACAACAAAGACACAAAUGACACCACUACUACACAACAAUACCACGGUUAAUAAAGUCUCAUUUCAUGUCACAAACAAAUAGCUCACCUACUUUGAUAUUAAUGAUCCAUGUGUUAUUCAUCACAUAUGUAUGUAAUAACAUGUACACUAUACUACUUGUACACUAUACUACUUGUACACUAUACUACUCAAAACAAGUUAAGGACAUCCCAGUUGUUUUAUAGUACCAUAGUUCUGUCAUACCAUGACAAAUGUAGUACUAUGACAGAAUCUGGUGGUCCUUCACUCGUUUUGAGCAGUAUAGGAAGUCAAUGACAAACACACCAGAAGUAUUUGAUGGUCAGCCAGUUAAGUACUUAAUAAGAAAGUUUUAUGUUUUGAAUCCCAGAUUUAUUCAAAUAUGACAAAUCAAUAUUUCAUAUGUAAUAUGAAAAUAUAUACUGUGCAAUUUCAUCCUUAAAAGGAGAGAGUUAGAAAAGACUGCUAAAGACACUAAUUCAGGAUAGUUCGUCAUGCAGAACAUUUUGGCCAUUCCUGCCGACAGUUUAAGUUGCAGUAUAAGCACUAUAGUAUGGACGUAUCAC